GGGCGCUUACGCAGAAAGGAAGCUACAAGGCCUGGACGAAAAAGAAACAGCUACAUUACGAACUACAGUACAGGAGUGGCCCGAUCAUUUAAAAUCGAGCUGAGAAAGCUAGCAGGAGCUUUUAUUUCACACCCGAGGUGGUGAGAAUAAAGCCCGGUGAAUGUCGGGCAGUAUGAGAGAAAUGCCCGGAUCUCUCCAGGUGUAGCAGCCCGAGCCACACAGCAGCAGCAGCAGCAGCAGAGCAGCCCAGGCGGAGCCGUGUGAAAGAACCGGGCAUGGCAUCAGAGGAGACCUCGUUACGUGCACUUGAAAGUCUGAUGACCGAGUUUUUCCACAGCUGCACCACCAAUGAACGCAAGAGAGAGAUCGAGGAGCUGCUGAACAGUUUUGCUGGGCAGCCUGGCUCAUGGAGGCAUUGCCUCUACUUCCUCUCCAAUAGCAGAAAUGAAUACGUCAUGAUGUACAGUCUUACAGUGUUUGAGAACCUGGUCAACAAGAUGUGGGUUGGUGUAGCGAGCGAGGAUAAGGCAGAGCUUCGGAGCUGCUUGCCAAAGUUGUUGCUUUCCCAGCAUGCUCUGCUGCCCUUUUUUAUUCGAAAUAAGCUUUGCAAAGUCAUUGUAGAUAUCGGACGCCAGGACUGGCCAAUGUUUUACCACGACUUCUUCAGCAAUACAUUGCAGUUGGUGCAGUCCCCCACUCUAGCGCCGCUGGGUUUAGUGCUGUUAAAGAUGACAUCAGAGGAGCUGGUGUGCCCGAGAGAAGAUUUGAGUGUUGCCAGAAAAGAAGAGCUGAAAAAACUUCUACUGGAGCAAAUACCCACUGUAUUAAACUUAUUGACUGGUAUUCUAGAAACUGUCUGGGAUAAGCACAGCGUCUUAGUGACGACGCCCCCUCCUUCACCUACGUCUACAGAGACAGGUGUACCGGUAGGAGACGCCUCUCCACACGGGCUGGAUUUAGAAAGUGGCACGCUAUGCCUGCUGGCUCUGGAAUGCCUUUCUCAUCUCUUCAGCUGGAUCCCCCUGUCCUCCUCCAUCACGCCAGCUCUCCUGGCUUCCAUCUUCCACUUUGCCCGCUUCGGCUGCCAGCUUCCGAUCAAGACCAAGCCUACGCCCACCACCAACGGAGACUCCGUCCACGGUAGUCUCUUAGCCAAUGGGAGCGAAGGCCGAGCAAGGACAGGACAAAUGGUGGACCAUGCCCAGCGUGCCCAGUUGGGCAUCAUGGCUAUGAACUGCAUUAAUGAGCUGAUGUGUAAGAACUGUGUGCCACUGGACUUUGAGGAGUUUCUGCUGCGCAUGUUUCAGCAAACCUUCUACCUGCUGCAGAGACUCACAAACUCGCACAGCAACAUCCAUACUGUGAAAAACCGACUCCAGGAGCUGGACGAGAGUUAUGUGGAGAAGUUUACAGAUUUCCUGCGACUCUUUGUGAGCGUCCAUCUGAGGAGGAUCGAGUCCAACGCUCAGUUUCCUCUAGUGGAGUUUUUGGCUCUGCUUUUUAAAUACACCUUUAAUCAGCCGACUCAUGAGGGUUACUUGGCAUGUCUGGAUAUUUGGAGUAUAUUCCUGGACUACCUAACCACUAAAAUCAGGAGCCGACUGGCCGACAACGACAGUGUUCUAAACAGAUAUAAGGAUGCUUUAGUGUUGCUGUUAAGAGAGGUUCUGAACCGCAUCCAGUUCCGAUUAAACCAGAGUCAGCUGGAGGAGCUGGACGACGACACCCUCGACGAUGACCAACAGACUGAAUGGCAGCGAUAUCUGCGUCAGAGUUUGGAGGUGGUUGCCAAGGUGAUGGAGCUUCUGCCGUCCCAGACCUUCUCCAUCCUGUUCCCAGUGCUUCAAGAGGAUUUGGACAUUUACCUCGGGCUGCAGCAGUUUAUUGUUACUACAAGAACAAGUCGCAGGUUGAACAUCACAGCCGAGGCUGACUGCAGGAAGCUGCACUGUGCUCUCAGAGAUUUGAGUUCUCUGCUUCAAGCUGUUGGCCGUCUAGCUGAGUUUUUCACCGGGGAGGUCUUCACUGCUCGUUUCAGUGAUGCCCUGGCUAUUGUUCAGAGACUAGUGGAAGUCACUUGUUAUGGCUCUCAGCUCAGCCUGUAUGAUGUGGAAAUGGCAGUUCCUUCAGUUCUCAAACCAGAUCUUAUAGAUGUUCAUGCCCAGUCAUUAGCUGCUCUGCAGGCAUAUUCCCAUUGGUUGGCUCAGUUCUGCGGCGAAGUGCAACGACAGCAGGAUCAAACGCAAUUUGUUGACCUUAUCACAUCCUGCAUGGCUGCCACCACACCGCUCAUCAACACCAAGGUUCCAGAAAAGCUGCUGUUAUCCGCGUGCCAUCUCCUGGUAUCCAUGGCAACGACAGUGCGGCCCGUGUUCCUGGUGUCGCUGCCUGCGGUUCAGAAUGUCUUUAAUCUGAUCACAGAAAACCACAAUCACAGGCUGCCUCAGGAGGCUCAUGUGCUGGUAUGCAGGGCUCUGUCCAACAUGCUCCUUUUGCCAUGGCCCAGCCUACCAGAGGCAGAGCAGCAAUGGCAGAGUCGAUCUACCAACCACGCACGUCUUAUUAACAACCUCACACAUCAAUACCGCCUCCUGCCGCGCCCACCAGACCAUCAUUCCAACAGUAAAAUGGUUCUACAGCAGACUCUGUGUAUACUGAAAGAUCUGGUGGACAGCGUGUCAGGAGAAGCCACUAAAUCUCGACAGAUCUGUUACCAGAGCCUGCAGGAGUCUGUUCAGGUCACGCUCGCCCUCUUUCCCCUGUACAUCCAGCAGCUGGAUGUGACUGAUGAGAUGCUGAGUUUCUUCCUGACGCUGUUCCAGGCUCUGCGAGUGCAGAUGGGAGUUGCGUUCACAGAGCAGGUCAUUCAGACCUUCCUCAGUAUGUUUACCAGGGAGCAGCUGGCGGUCAGCAUCCUACAGGAGGGCAGCGCUGGAUCAAAAGUAGUUCAGAAAUUCCUCAAGAUUUUACAGGUUGUUGUACAGGAGCCAGGCCAGACCUUUAAACCCAUGUUACCCAACAUUCUCAGUCUUUGCAUGGACCAGGUGUACCCAAUUGUGGCAGAGCGCCCCUGUCCAGACGUCAAAGCUGAGAUGUUCGAGCUGCUUUUCCAAAUCCUCCAUCAGAACUGGAGGUUCUUCUUUAAAACAUCGGUUCUAAACAGUGUUCAAAGGUCAGGCGGAGAGGAACACAUGGAGAACGAGGCUCAGUUCAUCACAGCCAUGCAGGCAUUUGGACAGUCCUUCCUGCAGCCAGAUAUCCACAUCUUCAAACAAAACCUAAGCUACCUGGAGAUUCUCAACACCAAACACAAACUCUAUCACAGGAAGCUCUUCAGGAACUCCAUGCUGUUCCACUUUAUUAACGUGCUGCUACAGGUUCUGCUCCACAAAAGCCACGAUCUUCUCCAGGAUGACAUCACUCUGGCUUUGUACAACAUGGCUGCUGUAGAUUUUUCAGCAUUCUUUUCCUCCUUCCUGCCGGAGUUCCUCAACGGCUGCCAGGGGCUCGACCACCACCAACGCACAACACUGGCUCGCAACUUCACACCAGAAAGGGACCUGCCAUCGUUUUCUCAGGGAGUGUACAGACUGGUGAAUGACCUGCGAUUCUAUAGACUGUGCAACGGAAGCUUGCCACCAGGGACGUUGAAAUUAUAGCAACGUGCUCCGCAAAAUACUGAGCCAAACCAGGCCAUCCUCGUGAGGAUACUGGUCACCUCCACUUCUGUGAUCAGCAAGCCACGCCCUCUGCCAGGGCACCGCCUGUGAUCUUUAUUAGGUCCGUGUUAUCAGAGCCACACCUUGUUUGUUGCAGGGCUCGUCUGUCAGCUUGUUUUUAUGUUUAUUUCAACAAAAGUUCACACGUUGCCAACGAUCAAGGCCAAAGCGUACGUUCCACUGCUGCAACGGAGACUGAGCGCUCUAACUAAACGGUUCAUUUGUGCGAGUUUAAGCACCCUAACAGACUCUGAAAUGAGCGGAUACGGUUUGUCAGCACUGCAGUUCGAGGUUUCUGUUGAAUCCUCGUUCUUUUAAAAGGAAUCGUGCCAUUAAAGGCACUCGGCUGUAGGUUUAACGAGCAGCUAAGAUUUAUUAGGAGUGAACACUUUGUUGGGUUAAUGGGAAGUGACGCAGUGAAUGUGAUUUUAAAAUGAACUGUUGCAAUUCAGAGCGCCAACUUUUUUUCCCCUUAAGUCUGAUUUUAAUGCCUUCAUCUCCAUGGAGACGAACUCUCACUCCUUUCAUAUCAUUCCAUUCUGAUUCAGGAGACAAAUCUUCAAUAAAGUUUUAUAUAAAAAAUAA